UAUACAGCACUCCCAUCUUCCGUGCUAUAGGCGGAUAUAAGCCUCUCGGGUGAUGAUACACACUCUGCAGGGAGAGGAUUUUUUCGAUGAGGAAAACGUUCUCUGUCAAAUCGUCACAUGGGGUCAAUCGCUUCCUGCAUCGUGACUGAACCACUGUACGCGUUUGUGCGUUUUGUUUUUGCCGCUGGACUCGUAUAGGGUCGCAUCGUUAAUAAGAUUACCGUUCCUCGCGCGCCGCUGAUGUCACAUAUUUUAUUGCGAUGAUAAGCAAAGUUAAAAAUGCCAUGUCCUCGCUGGUGGGCGGAAUUAUCCCGCACGGCCACCACCACCACCACCAUCAGCAGCAGCAGCACGGAUCCGCGCAGAACGGCGGCACUGACGGGCUGCCGCCGCGCUUCCCCUACAGCAGACCCGAGUUUCUGGACCUGACGCCGGAGCUGCUGCAGUACUCCACCGAGCACGCGUCCAGACCGGUCAUCGCGCUCAAGAGAGACAGCAGGCUGCCCUGGCGAACGGGAUACGCGGAGGUGAUUAAUGCUGGGAAGAGCAUGCUGAAUGAAGACCAGGCUUCCUGUGAGCUGCUGUACAUCAGGAAGAUGAGUAGUAAGCAGCAGCGCUGCUCCAUGUUACUGGAGGACAGUGGGGACACCACAGGCAUUCCCAUGCACUUCUGGGGAGUGUUUGAUGGACACGCCGGCUCUGGUGCUGCUCUCAUGGCAUCCAAACUUCUCCAACUUAUCAUCCGUGAUCGGCUUUGUGAUGUGGCUCAUCUUCUCGAAAAUCAAAACAACCCUCCACCUAUCUGUCUGGCCAAGAACGGGAGCCCCUUCCAGGCUGAGGCGAAGAAAGGGGCCUGCCUAGAUGGAGAGGAGCAGGAUGGGCUCCUGGAUGAGCCGCGGUUCCACAUGGAGAAAGACAUCAGUGUGGAGAGCCUGGUGAUGGGGAUCAUAGAGACCGCCUUCAGACAGAUGGACGACCUGAUAGAGAAGGAGAAAGAAUCUUACAGCAUCUCUGGCGGCUGUUGUGCCUUGAUUGUAAUUCACUUGUUGGGGAAACUCUAUGUAGCAAAUGCUGGAGACAGCAGAGCCAUAAUUGUCCGAAACAAUGAGGUCAUCCCAGUGUCCAAUGAAUUCACACCAGAAAGUGAAAGACAGCGGCUACAGUACCUGGGCUUCCUCAAACCUGAGCUGCUUGGGAAUGAGUUUACGCAUAUUGAAUUCCCCAGACGUAUCCAACACAGUGAACUCGGCAAGAAGAUGCUUUUUAGAGACCACACAAUGACUGGCUGGGCAUAUAAGACAAUUGUAGAAGACGAUCUCAAGUUCCCGCUGAUUUAUGGGGAAGGGAAAAAGGCUCGAGUCAUGGCUACUAUUGGAGUAACGCGCGGUUUAGGGGAUCACGACUUGAAAGUGUACAACUCCAACAUUCAUAUCAAACCUUUCCUAUCCUGCUGCCCAGAAGUCAAGGUGUACAAGAUCUCUGAGCACAAACAUGGGUCUGAUGAUGUCCUGAUCAUGGGUAGUGAUGGACUAUGGGACGUUACAACUGACAGAGAUGUUGCCGAUGCAGUAUCGACUUUCUUGUCUAGUCGUGAGCCCAAUGAUCCCUUGAGGUACACUUUAGCAGCACAAGACCUGCUGAUGCGCUCACGUGGAGUCCUGAAGGAGCGAGGCUGGCGGCUGCCCAAUGAGAGACUUGGCUCCGGUGAUGACAUCACCGUGUUUGUCAUUCCAUUGGCCGGGGCAGAGUUAGAAACAUGACCAGGUUGGUCCACCUUCACUGGACAAGCACACCAGGACACGUCCCUGGCUCCAUCCCAGAGAAAGGGCUAGGAAAUCCAUUUUCAAUCCGUCAGAUGGCUCGGAUACGAGAGACGUUAAAUGCAACUUCCCCUUGUCCUCCUUCUUCUCCUCCGAGUCAUACCAUGAAUAUCGUCAAGCCCAUGUCAGGUGUGAGGUGACAUCAUCAAGUGCCAUUCCUCUCGCUCUUUAUUUCCUUUCUGAUUUGUCGAACGCACCUCUGCAAGUCAGUACGGGACGGUAGGGCUUGUAACUCAUGAGUAUUCUUUAACAUCGGUGGGCCGUUUGAAUCUCAAUCUCAGUGUGGCAAAAGGAAUAAGCCAAUACUGCUAAAAAAUCAAAGCCCUGACGGCAUGAGAAAUAAAAACCGAAGCACUUUAUAUGUAGCAGAAUUCAUUUGAGCUGUAAUUUAAACUGCUGGUUAUAUUUCCUAACUGUUCUCUUACUGUCUUCAAAGAAUGCGUCUUUCGACUGAGGUUAAGGUUUCUAUAGCAAGAUGCAAUCAACAACAAAAAACGAUGGGCAUUUCCUGUGAAUGCUGAGUUUUUUGUUAAUUUCAGCUGUUUCGGGUUCAAACAGGCAUCCUUUUACAUGGAGGCAAUGCAACUGUCUAUAUUCUGGAACUAGUAUUAAAUAUAGCUCUGUAGAACUAGGCUCAUUUUCCCUAGACCUUCAAAAGGCCAUGUACAAAUAACCCAAAACAUCUAGUACAGCGUAAGUCAUUGACGUGCACCAGGCUUUCCAUUCACAACCGAACUGAUUGCUUGAACUGCUGUAGAUUUGAACAUCGUAGCUGAAUGACCUGUUUAUUUUGCUGUAGAUAAAACCUAAUUUGGUCUAAAACCGUGUCAGUAAAGAAUCUCAAAUCCAACAACUAUUUAGAUCCAAACCUGAAACUGAGAAACCUGGAAUUAGUUUCAUCAGUCAUCGGUCUUUUUGUACACCUUGAAUGUACCUGAUUUCCUUUACUUGAUGUCAGUGUUGUGUCUGUGAAGUAUAUAGUAAAUAUAUAUUGAUUUCUGCCUUUCGAAUGAUGAUUCAUUGUCAAAGGAUUACUCUUUGCAAAUUAUGCGACUAAUUCGAAAUAAAUCUAUCCUUUUUAU